UUGGAUUUAUAUAUCUGGAAUAUUGACCUUAAAGAAUUAUUCAGCAAUUAUAAAUACUAUGGAUACCUAAUUUAAUAGUGCUCUUUUUUUAUACAAACUUAUCCAUAUAGAUCUACAUCUGUAUUUAUACUUUCUUGUGUUUCAGAAUGAGGUUGAAUUUUGGACAGCCUGCAACAUGUGAAACUAGCCACACGGCACCCUUGAAAUCAUAUGAUCUUAAUAUUUUUCAAAACGAGGCGAAUAAAGUCGGAAAUGAUGUAAAGAAAUCAUUGAAGCGACGUACGGAACCUCUCGACUUGAUACCUACGAUGAAGAAGAGACGAUUCCAGCACUUCACCACUAAACUGAAAUCAAACUCAAACUCAGUAGCGGCAACUUUAAGUCCACUGUCCAGCAUCAUUCAAGCUGUUGAAAAACUGUCUACGGGAUCUGACCUCGUCGCAGACGGAUCACGUGUCAAUAUUCUACCAACGAUUUCAGGAAAGCACAGCGAUCUAAGCACCAUCUCACCGGAAACCACGUCUGAUGUCUUGAACGGGGUUUAUAACAACCGUUUAGACAGAGCGACCAUAAUAGAUUGCAGAUAUCCAUACGAAUUUGAAGGCGGACAUACUAAGGGAGCCAUCAACCUUUACACCAAGGAUGCAGUCCAGAAAUUUCUUCAAGAAACUGUUACAUCAUCAACGACAAAUCACGUGCUUAUCUUCCAUUGUGAAUUCUCGACUGAAAGGGGGCCGAAAAUGUAUCGCUUCCUAAGAUCUUUGGAUCGUGAAAUUAACAAAGAUAAUUACCCCCGCCUCAAUUUCCCCGAGAUCUAUCUCCUAGAAGGAGGAUACAUAGAGAAUAUUAGAAAAGCGUUCUUCUACACGUGCAAAGAACAAUGUUUUCCGCAGACGUACAAACCAAUGCUACACAAGGAACACAAAGACGAAUUACGUCACUUCCGUGUAAAAUCAAAGUCAUGGUCAGCAGGCGACAUACCUCGUCAAAGUGUAAUUACUGGCACCGGAAUGAGACUGCGAUUUUGAUUGGAUAAAUGGACAUGGGAAGGGAGAUGAACAAAAUUACGACUGACUGUGUCGGUAGUGCUUGUAAAGAUCUAAUAUUGAAAGAAAAUUUGCUGUUGAAUGUCAUUUAUAAAAAAAAUUGCCUCUCUUUGGCAGUUAAUGACGAAUAUCCAGCGAAUGUUUUUCAAGACUUAAUAAACCUGUCCUAUGGAGGCUUUCUCUCUUUCCUGUAAUAUUUCUUGCUUUACUUUCUGUCUUUAAUUUACCACGGGUUUCUCGUGCUAUUGAGGGCUGAACCUGUUAUGCAUUAUCUGUUCUGAAUCCUUACUUGUUAUAUUUAUAUUUUCGAUGUUACAAACUUUUAUGUACAUAUUGUUAAUGAUGAUUAUGCUUUUGACAA